AACUACCUUAAAGAGUUGAUGAGCAGUGUACAGGGCUGAGACCGACUGAAUGAUAUUGGAACAUGCUAGUAUCCCCUCUGUUAUAGAGGCUGCCAUUGAAAUGAAUGACCUGUAAGGAAGAAUUUACAGUUAAACUAAGUUUAUAUUCCAUUUAUCAUUCAUUACUCUUUUCUUUUAUGAUCGCCACGUUUAGCGGACAUAAAUCGAACAGUUAAUCCCUGAUGAUGUAAUUGUUUACUGAAUUUAAUUUAGACUCUAUAGAAUGACCUGUAUUCAAAAAUAUAAGUUAGCAUAUCUCACCUAGCUACAGAAUGUAGCUGACUUUACUGCAUGCAUUUGUUUUGACACGUGACGUGAGCAAGGAGAACCAGGAUAUGGCCCACUGCGCAUGAUCCUACUUUUGCCAGGGAACUUCGAAAAGUAUGGCGGCGGAGUGCUUGACAACGAUUACAGAGCAAUGGAUACGGGAGAAACUAAAUCUAGAACACCAAUGUCUUGCGGAUGUCAGGUCUCUGAGUCUUCCAGGGACAUACAAGGAGAAAAUCAAACAUCUUGGAAUCUCACUGAAGAACUUCGUCCGUUUGAAGACCCUGGAUCUCUCUUGUAACGCUCUCAUCUCUGUCGAUGGCGUUCAACACUUGAAGAUGCUGGAGAGACUAAACCUGUACUACAACCGUAUACCUUCCAUAGAGGAAGUCAGAGUUCUUUGCAAGCUGACAACUUUGAAAGACUUGGACUUGAGACUCAACCCUCUGACCAAGAGAGAUCCACACUACCGUCUGUACUUGAUCCAUGCACUGUCCAACCUGCGCAAGCUCGAUGACUGUCCAGUCCGGGACAGUGACAGAAAACUCGCCAUCAUGCAUUUCUCUGCUGAAUCUGGUGAUGUACCUCUGCAGACAAAACCCUCGCUGACUGACGUAACAGAGCUCAGUAACCAGAGGAGCAGUGAGCUGAGGCUGGCCUCAGUGAAUCGGAUGACCAAGAAUUUUUCUUUCUUGGAUGACAAGGAUGAUGUUGUACUGAACCUUGUUGCCAGGAGCAACUGGAGCCAGAGUGAACCUCAGCCAUUCUCUGGAUCGUUUCAGAAGGAGCUGGAGUCCCAGCUUUAUCACCUGCAAGAAGGAGAUUUGGAGAAUUUGGAGAGUGCAUCAUCUCAAAGUCAGGAAGCAGCCAAAUCCAUCCUCAGGUCUUCCCUAACCAAAGAUUCAGCUCGACAUAUUCAAUCUAAAGAUCCACGAAUGAAAGGCACAUCUAAUGGAAAAAGUUUUUCCUCGUUGAAAGUGACUAAGGGACCUAGAGUGACCUUCGACCCUCAUGUCGAGAAGCACAGACCUGGCUCUCGAAGGGAGAAGCACCUGAAACCCCCCAAACAAAUGAGAGUCCCUGCCAAAGGCUACUUCACCCCUCAUCCUGAUCACGGAGACAAGCCUGCCUCUUCCCUGAUGAAGAUCCGUCCUCCCAGUCCCAUAAGUCCUGGUGUGAAACCCUCUGAUUCCUCCAACCCCAUCCUGCACCCUCCCAGGCUCUCCUACCACAGCCUGCAGGAAACAGCAGGGGGCACCACUCAACCAGAACAACAUGCUCAACAGCAGAGGGGGAGCUACAGAAAACCCUUGGAGAUGCUCCUUGGUCUGGUGGACAAGCACUGGACAGGACAGAAAUCACUUCACCAGGACAACAACUUCCUCUCUCAGGCAGUUCACAUCCUCUCUAUGAUGGAGCAGGACGUCUCCAGUCGGGAGGUUGAAGUCAGGACCUUGAAGGAGGAGGUUGAGGAGCUGAAGCAGAAUGCAGAAAGUCGAGACCAGGAUCACAGAGCAGAGAUUCAACGUCUCACCACUCAGCAUGAGGAGGCCCAGGGCAACACCGACAACCUAAAUGAGCACCUGAAGUUGGUCCUGGAGGAGAAUGUGUCCUUGCAGAAGCAGCUGAUCAAGUUAGAGCAGCAGUAUCUGAACUCGAUGAUGAAGAGCUCCCGCAACACAGACUUAAAGGAGAAGCUGGCGGAGGUGGAGGAACUGAAGAGGGAGGUGGCGGUGCUGAGGGAGAAGGUUGAGGAUGGGGAGAAGGUCAGGGAGUUGGCGGGCAUGCUGCAGGAGAGCCACAGGUCGCUAGUAGCUACUAAUGAGCGUCUGCUGGGUGAGCUGGAGUCCCCGGGCAGGCGUCCCUGAGGACCAGCACCACUAACAGCAGACCAGCAGCAGCUACCUACAGCAGGACCAGCACCACCAACAGCAGACCAGCAUCUACCUACAGCAGAUUAGGCUUCUAUACUGCUGCCAGCAAUGGCGUGCUGUCAUUAGGAGGAAGUUGGUGUGGUGUCAGAAAGGUGACCUGGUGAUUUGAAACAGCCGUGUUCCCCUUUCAAAUGACAUGUGAGCUGGACAAUGGCUACUGUAUCAUGUCAGCACAUUAGAUUGUAUUUUGAAAAGUGACUGCACUCCAGGUUUCCUGCUUCCUAUUUAUUGAGUUGUAAGCAUGUUGAUGAAUUAAGUAUUUAUUGCAUUAAAGCUGCUUUUGCCUCA